GCAGACUUAAACUCUGCCUUAUCAGUAAUUACAUUAACUAUAAAUGGGUUAAACUUUCUAAUUAAAAGGUAGAGAUUGACAGAAUAGAUAAAAAAGAUGAUACAAUUAUAUGCUGUCUACAAGAGACUCACUUUAGAUUAAAAGAAAAAGAUGGUAACUUAUUACAACCAACCUAAUCAGAUAGGAAACCAGGAGUCCAUAUAUAAAUAAAUGGAAAGUUUGAUACACAUAGUUUCAAGUUGCUCUCUCCAAAAUACUUAGUAAUUACAAAGGAGAAAAGAGCAACUGCUUAGUGUAGCAGUCACACUGGGGUCAAUUCCUAGCCCCAGGUUUCAAGGGAAAUGAUAGAAGAUAUUAUAUCACAUGCAUAUGGUAACCAAAACAAGCUGUGUGACCUCAGACUGUUGCUUGCCUUCUCUGUUUCUCAGUUUCCUCAUCUGUAAAGCAGGAUAAUAACUGUACCUUUCUCAUAGGGCUAUUGUGAGAACAGUCAGUGGCCCCCCAGCCAAAAAUCACGAGGAACACACCUGUGGUUGAACAAAUUUGGGUUUAUUACUUGUUGCAGUGAGGGAGAGCACACACCCCAGGGAACUGUAGGGCACAUGCUAAUUGCUGUUACUACUGAGUAUCCAUCAUUGGAACAGGCAAUUUAUACCUGUUACCAGUGCACUGUAUUAAACCUCACAGUAACGGUAUGAAGCAGGGUAAUUGUCCCUUUUCACAGCUGAGGAAACUGAGGCUCUGAUAAGGCAAGGCCAGAGGUCCCAGGACUGGAUAGGGGUUGGAACGGUGCCUUCUGGCACCAGAGUCGACUGUGCAGCUUCUGUCUCCACCCUAGAUGACCUCUCUCCUAGAUAUGUCAGGCACUCCAUCACUCCCCCGACUUUUCUGACAGGAAGAGGCGUCCCCAUCCUGUUUCUUUGUUCUUCUUUCUGGUUUGGGGAGACAGAUCUGAGGAGGGGCUGCAGAGGGCAACACAUAGGGUUAUAAAAACCAUAGUGCAGAGAAGAGGUGGAGAGAGAGGAGCAGAGAGGAAGGAAGGAUGGCAGAGAUGUGUGGCCUUGAGGAGACAUAUGAGAACCAGAAAUUGACUGAGAAAGAGCCUAGACAACUGUGGAGCUCAAGGGGCUCACCAGGAUGCCGCACCAGGCUCCCUCUGCUUCUGCUGCCGCUUCUCCUUUCUUUGGGCCUCUUCCUGCUCCUGAUAACCAUCCUGAUUCAAGUCUCCAAGAUCCAUCAAUCCAUGCAGAGAGGAGCGUGGGACCAUCAGGAGAACGAGCCCCCGGUGGCUGUUUCUCCGGAGCGGAUACAGUCAGAACUGGAGGAGAUCCGUGAGCAGCUGACCAGGAUGAAUGCCACCCUGACUGGCCUGUGCCGACCCUGCCCCUGGAAUUGGGGAUUCUUCCAAGGAAGCUGCUACUUCUUCUCCCAGACCCAGAACACCUGGAAAGCUUCCGUCUCCGCCUGUCAGGACAUCAAGGCUCAGCUGGUGAUCAUCGACAGUGCUGAGGAGCAGCAAUUUCUGAAGUUUUGGGAUACCAGAAAUAAUAGGCCCGCCUGGAUCGGCCUCAGCGACCACCACAACGAGGGUUCCUGGCUAUGGGUGGACAACACCCCUGUCAAUCUCAGCUUUUGGAAAGAAGGAGAACCCAACAACCACGGAGAUGAGGACUGCGUGGACUUCUACAGUGAUGGCUGGAAUGAUGACAAAUGUAACAGAGAGAACUUCUUUAUCUGCGAGAAGCCCUCGGUCCCCUGCCCAGAAUUCUGACGACCGCUGUUCCCCGCUGCCCAGAGACCAGGCAACUGCGCAUGCGCUUUGCUGGCUGCUCUCUGGCUCCGCCCCCUUUUCUUUCCUCCCCCCUUAACUGAGGACGGGAGGACCCUGAGAGAGGUUCUGAGACCCCCUUCUCCUCUAAGGCCCAUCCCUCCAUAGGCUGUAGACGGUUUCUCUUCUGUUGAUGGUCUCAGCCUUACCUGAGCCCCCAUAAUAUUCCCUUAAUAAAGUAAUUCAUUGUA